AUGGCGGAAAAGCGGUCUCUCGACCCUGUCGAUGAAGACUCAGAGGAUCUCAGCAAGCAGUCCCGCGUAGAUGUCACUGAAGAUUACACUGGCAAUGCGAAUGGAGUCGAAGGAGAACAGACCACCGAGACUGGCACGCAGAUUGUUGCUACUGGAAUCGAUGAUGUCGCUCAGCCAGCACCGCGGCGACGAUCGCGGCCAAGAUACUGGAGGCAUGACAAUAUGACAGCAGAUGAGUAUCGCGCAAUGGUUCAGGGGUAUAUCGAUCGCGAACGAGAGGGCAAGCUGCCAAGAGUCCAAUACGAGCCAAAGGUCGGCGACGAGGUCAUACUCCGUGUCAAACCUUUCCGUCCACGCGGCUUCGACCAUGACGAUGCUUGGACGCACGACUACGACCUCUGGUGCAUCAAGGAAUCAUCAAUUAAUGCACGCGUUUUUCUGAUCGACAACGUCAAGACCAACAAGCGACGCUAUGAGCCAGACAAUAACCUGGUACCUGCACCGCCUCUGCUGUUUUCAUUCCAGAAGCUGGACGGCGAGUUCGUGUAUCCGGGUGAGCCGGACGGGGAUGACUUCAUGGUGGAAUCGGUGCUGCUCGACAUUCUUGAGCCGAUGGAAGAUGGUGUCGUUGAGAGGGUGAGAGUUGAGAUGACUGCUGGUCGGUACGAGAAGGUCAGGGAGCUCUCAAAGCCGAAGUAG